CUUUCACAGAGCUCUUGCUCUUUUUCUUUGCUCGCCUCUCUUUUGACUCCUGUUUCUGUGCAUCUUUUCUCAACGCGGCGCUUGACGGUCGUUGCCCUUCUCGUCACCUUUUUUCCCCCGCUUCGUCCUCUUCCCAUCUCAGUCGUUACUCUCAAUGGGAACAUGAAGGGCGUGUGCGGCAUCGGGUAGGUGGAGGACUUGUGACCUCUGGAGGAUAAACCCGUUGCCUUGUUUCAGUAGCUACAAUGAAUCAGGGCGAAAGAAGUUUGCAGGAAACCCGAGCCAGCAUCCUCCUCUACUCAUUCCUACAGAACUCUUCCAACUGCUCCUUUGCUUCGGAGCUUUGUGCUUUGAAACCUCAGUUGUUGGCUUCAGCAACACUGCAUGAUGAUUUUGACGAUGGUGAACUUCAGACUGAUGGCAACAGAUUUGUGAGACCCCAGAGCGAUGUAUUAGUUUCACAGAGUGAUGAAGAAAUUUUCCGUACUAUUGGAGCUCAGCUGGCUACAAUUGGGGAUAAACUAGCUGCCGAGAUAGACCCAUCAGUUGUACAGAACCUGGCACAAUUUAUGGUGGGGAAUGUGUCCGAAGAGGCUAUAAGCAGUCACAUGUCUCAAGCUGUGGAAGCAGUUGUCAAAAGGAUGCCUUUGGAAAUGGAGCGGGAGAAAGCCAUGUUAAUCGUGACCAUGGUUCUGGCCAAGAAAGUUGCAAACACAGUGCCAUCUUUUCUACAGCAAGUAUUCAGCACAACUGUGAACUAUAUUAACCACAACCUUCGUGAUUACGUGAACAACCUGGCACCCGAGAGCUGAACAAAGUGACCACCCUGCAUUUUUAACACAAAAAAGGAAUUUUUUAUUCCUCUUCAUGAAGCUUUUGGUGGAAUUCCCUCCCCCCAUUUUUAAAAUCAAUAAUUAGCUGUAUUGUUCAACUCAUUUUUCCCUAAGGUGCCGAAAUGUCAUCAUCUUUUACUUGAAACACUUGAAUCUCCUUUAUAUCCACCUCCAGAGGAAAGUGGAAAAUCAUCCCAUUAUAAGAAUUUGACAGUCCUGUCAUUCCCAUACAGUGAGGGAUGGAAUCUAAUGACAACGCUGGAAGUCAAUAUUAAACACUGAGGCUUGCUCUUUCAACCAGAGUCAGAACACUUUGGACUGACUGCAAAAGUACUAAGCCCGAACAGUAAAACUAAAUCAAACUGGAUAUACUUGAUUCUAAUACCAGCUUUAAUAUGUUCAGUGCAGUACUUCUGGGGAAAAAAGUAAUUGCUUUUAGACUUGGGUCAAGUACCAAUAAGCAUAAAUCUUACUUUGUCUAAAGAGCAAUGCUGGCAUAUUGUUGGAACCCCAUGAUCACCAGCAUUCUAUUGCUUCAUCCAGAAGCUGACAGCAAGGAAUGAAUGUCACAUCUAGUUUCAAGAAAGACUGUCAUCACUAGUUCAGCUGGUGUUUGUAAUCUGAUGAUGAUAAAGUCUUAAAAACUUUAAUUUGUUUACUGCUUACUUUUGUAUUUAGCCAGUGGUAAAUAUUAAAGCAAGGGUCAAAUUGGGUAA